UGGCACUGUAUAUAACCUGCCGAUCCGUCGCCGUUGUUUGUUUCUGGUUACCUUUUGCGGUAGCCCAGUCUCUCACUAUCCUUCGAUUCUUGAUCAGGCAGCCUUCUGGAAGGGUACCUCUCGUUUUAAUACUCGCUUCAUUAUUACGCACUCUUAUGACUUUGUGACCCUUUACCCUCUUCCGAUAUCUCUCCACGAUCGCAAAGUCUUUCAAGAUGCGUUUCUUCUCUGCCCUUCUGGUUGCUGGCGCGGCGCUCGUCUCGGCCGCCCCGAUCGAGGAUCGCCAGGCCAACCCCUGCUUCAUCAUCGGCAACACCGCCCUGCCCAAGGAGGUCUCGGACGUCGCCAAGACGCUGCAGAGCCGCAUCACCUGCUCGGCCAACGCCAAGACCCUGUCGGGCGUGCCCGACCUGACGGCCGGCGGCGUGUCCUUCAGCUCCGUCGACUUCACGGGCAAGGGCACCCCGCUCGCCUUCGCGCUCGACAAGUUCAAGACGACGGAGCCGCUGGCGCAGAACGACCUCAAGAAGUUCCAGGCCGAGCUCGACGUCUACACGGCCACCGAGGCCGGCAUCCGCUCCGUCGGCGGCAACGUCGCCGCCAUCAAGGUGCCCAAGUUCUUCCUCUCCAUGCAGGUCUCGCGCAUCCAGACAGCACAGGGCAACCCGCCCAAGGCCGCCGGCCUCCAGGUCGACCACCUGCUCGGCAAGGUCACCAAGAACGCCCCGCGCGAGUCCAAGGCCCUUCUCGACCAGGUCACCCAGCUGGCCAAGACCCUCUCGUAAUAAACCACCAGGCCAGAGAAUAAUGAGGUUUUUUUUUUUUGGACUCUCCAUUUUGCGAGCUCGUUCCCCUGUCGCAAUCUGCAAAUGUGACAUUGUGCCCGCUAGAGGGUAUCAAGUAAAUCGUAGUGGCAUUAGUGACGCUAACCCAUCAGAGAUACAUCUAUCAUCACAGA